CUGCUCGAUCAAUCGUUGUCUCUAUCCACAUAUGUCCUCCUAACCAACCCCCGUCUCAUACUUGUGAUCUGUUGUAAAAUUGACUUACGCGCUUUGGCCGCGCGACCUUAUCACCCUCACUCGCACUUGUGCAAACUCAAAUACUCGAUCACCACCAUCAUGACAUAUCUUCUACCUGUACGCGCGUGCCAUGCUACAACCAGGGAUGCCAACGUUCGAACGAAUUCUGGAGCGAGCCAGAGCUCUCACAUCCGCAAGUGCAAAUUGGGAACCAGCUAAAUCCGUUGGGGAUGUAAAGACGUUUUCAAUGAAACCUUUGGGUGGUCGUGGGCCGAGAUGGUGGGCUAGGGUGAGCGAACAUACGGGGAAGAAUGGAGGGAAUGCGUUCGAUCAGUUGUGGAACGUUGUGGCAAGCGAGGAUCGAUAUACCCAAGAGAAAGAAUAUAAUCCUGAUCUUACCUCUGCGACAUCUCUGAAGGCUGUUCAAUGGGGUGAAGUAUGGUCACUCCAUUAUACGUUCCCUCCACCAAUAUCCCCUCGAACGGUCAUCCUUCUCUCGACCACACAUCUCGAAACUAUCAAUCCCCGGGUAGGAUGGGUCAUCAGCAUCCCAUUCGAUAUCGGCGAAAAUGAUAUGCCCCUAUCUCUAUUUGUCGAAGCGGGUGUCAAAUCAAAUGUCAUCAGCGUGGAUCGAUUCAGAGAAUUGGAAGACGGGAAAGUUGAAUGGCUGGCCGCAUCAUCCACUUCACCUGGUGGUUCCAUACCUCUGUGGCUCUCGGAGUACUAUGCUGUUAAACGAAUCACCGCGGUUCGUUUUUCUUCCACUCCUAUCUCCAACGAUUUUACAUGACAAAAGAACCUUCGAUGCUAAUUCUUUCCUCCCCCCUCUUCGCACCGACCCUUACAUUUUUUUAAAACAAACAUCGAAGCAGAUUGUUCCCAAAGUUGACAAGUGGAUGGAAGAACGUGCCACAAAGGCCUCCACCAGAAGAUCAUCAUCCGGUCGUAGGAGAAGUGGGAAGACGCCUUCUCUUUCUUCGCUAAACCCGAUUUCGACUAG